AAAUAUACUGGUGUACAAAAGUGAUUGCAGGAUGUUUUUUCUAUGUGCAUGCAUGUAAAUCAAUCUUGAUACCGUAUUGCUACUGCGUAACAAAUUAAGGACUGGAACCUUCAAUUAUUGCUGAAUCAGUUAAUACACAGCCCCGCCCACAUUUUUUAAUCUGUUUUGUGUGUAAAAAUUUACUUAUUUUUUAGUUCUAAAAACGGUUAACCGCUACCGCUUUCCUUGCUUUAAUUAAAAGUGCUUAAAAAAUCCUUAACUCAUAAAACUAUGUAUUUAAACAAAGUUCCACAGGUAGAACCGGACCUGUUGCAGCGCAAGGAUUCAUCAUCGUUGUCUAGCAACCAACCACCUCGCAAUUAACAUUUGUUAGCAAUAAUUCACAAUUAUGCACACAAACACAAACAAUAUUAUAUGAUGUUACGAAGUGACUGAACACAUGAUAUAGGUAUUUAGAAUGUUCUCACGGUGACAUGGCUCAAUCAGGAGAAACUUGUCUGUGAGGUCCUAUCAGCAGACGCCCUUUUCCCGGGAAAUAUUUUCUUCACCUACACACAGGUUUACAAGUUCAGUGGUCGCUCAUGAUACUUACUUACACCAGGUCCAAGAACAUAUGGUCCACCUCAAAUGCGUCCUCAGGAUUCUCAGGCUCAGCUUUCUUUUUAGCUUGACCUUUUGAAAGGAAGCUUCCUACCUAGCUAUGAUCCCAGUCACUGUCCUCCCACUCUUCAAGGCCGUAGGCAUCGAUAUUCUCACUGUCUAGCUUCCCUAGAACCUCCCUGAGGUUACACUACGAAGAUAUUGUCAAACGGUCACUUUUCUUUCGACGAUUUUGAUCGAACUGUACCUCGAAGCAAAAUAUUAGGAAUACUAUGUGAAAGAGCAGCUCAAUGCGCAUGUGCUGGUACCUGCAGCGUGCGCAUAGCUCCAACACGGCAUGCACAAUGAUUUUUGAACAUUAUCGGUAGCCAUGCCGACUAUAGUCGUCUAAAGUAAGUAGGGAAAGGGGUGAACGUUUAUUUCAGCUCUUAAUUCUUCAGGUAGCGAAAGAUUUCCUCCUCAGUAGUACUGUCUAAGCAGAUGUCACGUACACAUUCAUCUCUGUCACGUGACUGCGAUUAGGUUUGGGGGAGUACGGCACGUAAGUGUUGGUGGCCCUCAUUCAGCUCCAAGGAAUAGAAAUAGGCAAUACUCCCAAAACUAAGAAAAUACCCAUAAGUUGGGUGUUACCAAAAGGAGUCCACAGUAGUGGCGGGUCCCAUUAAGGAAACUACGUAGUUGCUUUCAUAAGCAUACUCUUGAUAUAAUAGAAUAAUAAUGGAGACACAGUUGAGCUCCUGUUGGGGUAGCCAUGUCAAGGCAUACAUGAAUGAGAUGGUGGUGAUACUCGCAAACCGUUGUAGUAGUAGUAAUUAACAUUGUUUAAAGUUGCCUCCGUAGUUCUAUACUCAUACGUAUGAAUUCAUGAUUUCUCUGAUUAGCUAUGGCUAAUAUUGUAUUGUUGCUUUUAUAAUGGGUGUAACUCUGCAUAAUGUAGUGAGCAUUUCUUUACUUAGUCAAGUAGCUACACUCACGUACAUGUAAGACCAAUGGCAAGUUUUGAGCAAGGAACUAUAGAGCAAGCUUCCCUUCAUGAAACUCCUGCACCAGAUGCCAGCAGAGAUGCCACUGAAGCCACACCACUCGUGAUAAGUAAUCACGGGAAAUAUGGCAACAAGGAAAGUGUGCUAAUCAAGUCAAAGGCUGGAUUAAUGAUUCUCUUUUGGACUGCAUUAAUGUCUUUCAUCUAUGGUGGUUUUUUGAAUCCUGAAGUUAUGAUCAAUGUAAUGAAUUUAUUCGGCCUAACAGAAAAUACAGUAUUAGCUUGUGGUGUGUAUGCUGUGUUUGCUAUCUGGCUCCUCUUCUAUCCUCUAGCCGGAUACUUAGCAGAUGUUCGGUAUGGCAGAUAUAAAGUUGUGAGAUGUAGUAUGUGCACCAUGUGGUGUGGAGUCACGACUUUUAUUGUUGUCGGUGGUAUUGUGAACGCUGUUAUUGGACCAAUUAUGUUAACUAGAAGCGUAGACCCUCUGUACUGGUCUUUAGCCAUUUCGCUUGGAGUAAUUGAUGGUGUUCUUGGAUUUAUUUAUUUUUUAUCCUUAUGGAUUGCAUUUGCUGGAUUUUUAGCCAACGUUAUUCAGUUUGGAGUUGACCAAUUAACUGAUUCUCCUUCUAGAGACAGCUUUCUUUUCAUUCAUUGGUUUCUCUUCACACUCUAUAUUGGAAUAUGUUUUGGGAAACUGGUAUGGAGUUCAGCUAUUGCCACUGGUUUCCUAAGCUUUUCUAUAUAUGGACUUGUCCUGUUAGUUGUGCUAGUUUGUGUACCAGUAACUUUCUGUGUUGCUAAGCGCAGGUGGUUUGUUAUUGACACUGGCAUUGGUAAUCCUUACAAAGAGGUUGCAAGAGUUGUCGACUUUGCAAGAAGAAACAAGAUUCCUAUUCAACGCAGUGCCUUUACAUUCUGGGAGGAUGACAUACCCACUGGACUGGAUCUAGGCAAGGACAAGUAUGGAGGACCAUUCACUACCGAGCAAGUGGAGAAUGUGAAAUCGUUUUUUGGAAUUGUUGUCAUUUUACUAUCAAUUGGACCAUUCUUUACGGCUGAUAUUGCUGCAUCACCUUUUCUUGAUAUACUGAGGAAUCACAUGGAGGCAGAGAAUGGCUUAAUUAGGAUAUAUGAUAUUAGUUUUAGCACCGUUGUUUACUCCAUGUUCACUAAUGGUAGCACUCUGUAUCCUGUGUUCCUUCUUCUUUUUGUCCCCAUUUUUCUCAAGUUUAUUUAUCCUCUGUUCCACAAGUAUCUCCCUGGUAUUUUGAGACGAAUUGGAAUUGGUCUUUGUCUGAUCUCUGUUAGUCUGUUUUGCUCACUGUUUAUCGACACCAUUGGUCACCUUCUCGCUAACAGCCAUAAUACUGGCUCAGUGUUUGGUCCUCAGUUUUAUUAUGAUUUUAACUAUACAACUAAUAAUGGAACUCUUGUUGAUAUUACCCUUCAUCUCUGCCCCUUCAUUCUCAUUAUUCAGCAAGUCCUUGUUGCUGUGGCCUAUGUAUUUAUCUAUGGUGGAGUGUUUGAAUUCAUCUGUGCUCAAAGCCCUCACUCUAUGAAAGGAUUUCUCAUUGGAAUUUUUUUUGCUAUUAAAGGACUUUUUCAGUUGAUUGGUGUUCUUGGAAUUCUUUUACCGUUUCGUUUCUGGUGGGACUCCCCUCGAGCUGGACUGGUUUAUUUCCUGGUGAACAUUGUUAUUUCAGUCGCAGGUGUUGUGGCUUUCAUAGUAGCAGCAAAGAGAUAUCAGUAUCGUCAGCGUGAGGAAGAUUGCAAUGUAAGAAAGUAUAUUGAAGAGGUUUACGAAAAGGAUGUUUGUCACAAUGUUGAUUUCGAAGAUCUAGACGUUCACUUUGAGAGUGGUCCUGAUUCAGAGACUGAGUGUUAGUAGACUGUUGAUGUAGAUAUAGUUAGUUACCUAUAAUUAUUACUAAGUGUGAUUGUAGAUAGACCGUUGUAUUAACACUGUAGAUCUUCGUAUCGUUACGAACUCUCCUUUUUGGACAAUUUCAGUUGCUCAAAAGGACAGCAAAUUGCUGUCCCAAUUCUUUUUUGCUCUAUGCAUAGUAUAAUUAUUAUGCCUCGGUGCGCAUGUGCAGGUGUAUGUCUGUCGUGUAGACCGUUACAGCUGCUCAAGGAUCAAUGAAGUGCAAGUAAGAGUUUCUAUAGGCUUCUAGUCAGGUUUUCGUUUUCAGAAGAGUGCAUAGAAAAAAUUGUCCCUGGAGUGUUGCUACUCUACUUAGUAGUUAGCUCUGUACUAAAACGCUAGCUAUUGGUAGCUGUAAGAGUGAGAAGAGAGCUGCAAGGCUCUGCUGAUGCAGCCAUUCAUUUUAGACUUGGACUUUUUGCAUCGAUAGUUUUUAACAACAAUCAUGGUCGAUGAUUCCGACUCUUUGAGUUUCCCUGUGAUUCUGGAUUCUGCCUGCAUGCAGCAAACCAAAAAUGUUCAUCAUAUAUAAUUUAUGUGUAUUACCGUAUAGCACGCUGUUUUCGUUAGCAAUCCUACAUGAAAAUUAAGUCCACAAAAAUUGUUUUUUAAUUAGAAUUAUCUUCUAUAACGUACAAAGAUUAAGGCGUGGCUUCCGGUAAGCAGUCAUCCCACGAACAUUGUGCAACGAAAUGCUUUUAGAAGUGCCUCAAAAAUUUCGCGCUAUACGGUAUUAGCUUUAUGAUGCAGCUUUGGCACCUCCACUGAGGCAUCAGCACCCACGGUUGUUUAAUUUCUUUGGCAGUACUUAAAUUACAGGUUUCAAGUAACAAUAAAAGCUAGUCUAUAUUAAGCUAUAAUUAU